UUAGAGUCUGCCAGGUGAGGUGGGUGGUUCUGAAAGUUGCCUCUUUGCAGGUCGCUUUCUCUGUUUACUUUGAGUAAGCUGUUUACCAGUUACCAGAAACAAUGCAUUAGUCAUUAGUCAUUACAAUUACAUACACAACAAAAAUACAAAUGCUCUCUUUACACUCUCUUCAUUCCUUUCUUCUUCUUCCCUUCAACUUCAAACCCCCUUAACUAUUACUGUUACCUUACUUACCACCACCUUUUCUAUUCCUGAACUCUGAUUUUUUCUGUUAUUUUUUUUGUCAUUUUUCAACAAUUUGUUAAAGAAGAAGGAACCAAAAUCAAGUUCUUUUAAGCUGGAGCAUCAAAAUCCCAUCAUUUUGCUUUCUAGUUUCUGCCCAAUCUGGAUUUUCCUACUCUUUUUCCCAUCUGAAAUUGUACUUCGUUGUACUUUUCUGCUUCAAACUUGGAUCAAGUUCAUUCCUUUCUCUGGAUCAAGCUCGCACUUUUGGUUCAUUUUCAUUGACCCUUUUGCUCAAAAUUCUCGUCACUUAAAUAUUACCAACCAAUGAUGGUUCUGGUGCAAAAACCCCAUUGGGGGUUGCUUCUUCUCUUUCUCCUCUUUCAGCUCCACCUUCACUGCAGCACCUGCUACCCCACAGAACCCAUGAACUGUACGGACACAAGCCGUGUUUGCACUUCUUUCAUGGCCUUCAAGCGUGGACCGAACCACACACUUGCUCUGAUUGAAAGCAUGUUUGAUGUUUUGCCUGGUGACAUCACAGUUGAAGGCAACGGUUGGGGUUACAUGUUCAUAAGGAAGAACUGUUCUUGUGCUGCUGGCAUAAAAAAAUACGUGUCCAACACCACUUUCACUGUGAAAUCCAAUGAGGGGUUGGUGUAUGACAUGGUGAUGGAUGCCUAUGAUGGCCUUGCUUUCCUUCCCAACACUACCAGGAUGGCCAGGAAUGGUGCUGUUGUGUCACUGAGGUUGUUCUGUGGCUGCUCCAGUGGACUGUGGAACUAUUUAGUCAGUUAUGUGAUGAGAGAUGGGGAUAGUGUUGAGUCCUUGGCAAGCAGAUUUGGGGUUAGUAUGGAUAGCAUUGAGAGUGUGAAUGGCAUUGGUAAUCCUGAUAAUGUCACUGUUGGUUCACUUUAUUAUAUACCCCUUGAUUCUGCAGUUCCUGGUGAUUCUUAUCCCCUGAAUAAUGCUGCUCCACCGGUUCCUGUUCUUUCCCCAUCCUUUGAUAAUUUUUCAGCUGAUCAAGUCAAUCAUAAGGCUCAUGUACCCUAUGGAUGGAUCGUUGGGGGUUUAGGAGUUGCGCUUGUUCUAAUAAUAUUAACUGUUAUUCUCUGUGUUUGUCUGAGAUCAUCAAAUUGUUUUGCUGAUACCAGAACUCAUGAGAAAGAUGCUGAGGGCAAGAUCUCUCAUAAAUUCCAUAUUCUUCGGAACCCAAGUUUUUUUUGUGGUUCUGGAAGGUACAUAUGUGGCAAACAUGUUGAUCAGAAGCAAACAGAUGGUGAAUCCAGCAAUCACACAAUUAUGGUUCCCAAAGCUUCAACUCUUUGGCCUGACGUAUUUGACAUGGAUAAGCCUGUUGUCUUUACAUAUGAAGAGAUUUUCUCCACUACUGAUGGUUUCUCUGAUUCAAGUCUACUUGGGCAUGGAACAUAUGGUUCUGUUUAUUAUAGCCUCCUCCGUGAUCAGGAAGUUGCUAUUAAAAGAAUGACAGCUACUAAAACCAAAGAGUUUAUGUUAGAGAUGAAAGUUUUGUGCAAGGUUCAUCAUGCUAAUCUGGUAGAAUUGAUUGGCUAUGCAGCUAGUCAUGAGGAGCUUUUCCUAGUAUAUGAAUAUGCUCAGAAGGGUUCACUCAAAAGCCAUUUGCAUGAUCCUCAAAAUAAGGGUCACUCCCCGCUUUCUUGGAUCAUGAGGGUUCAGAUUGCAAUUGAUGCUGCUAGGGGCCUUGAAUACAUACAUGAGCACACAAAAACUCAUUAUGUUCACCGUGAUAUCAAGACAAGUAACAUUUUACUUGAUGCUUCCUUUAGAGCAAAAAUUUCAGAUUUUGGGUUAGCGAAACUUGUUGGGAAAGCAAAUGAGGGAGAAAUUUCAACUACCAAAGUUGUUGGUACAUAUGGAUAUCUUGCUCCGGAAUAUUUGAGUGAUGGUCUUGCGACCACUAAAAAUGAUGUCUACGCAUUUGGUGUUGUCCUUUUUGAGAUCAUAUCAGGAAAAGAGGCCAUCAUCCGAUCAGAAGGCACAAUGUCAAAAAAUGCUGAUAGACGUUCACUGGCAUCCAUAAUGCUGGGAGCUCUUAGGAAUUCGCCUGAUUCUAUGAGCAUGUCAAGCUUGAGAGAAUAUAUUGAUCCAAAUAUGAUGGAUCUGUAUCCCCAUGAUUGUGUAUUUAAGUUGGCCAUGUUGGCAAAGCAAUGUGUGGAUGAGGACCCCAUCUUACGACCUGAUAUGAGACAAGUUGUGAUAUCCCUUUCACAGAUUCUGCUGUCUUCAGUUGAGUGGGAAGCAACUCUAGCUGGGAAUAGCCAGGUUUUCAGUGGCCUUGUUCAGGGAAGAUAGUUACAUAGAAGGAUAGAUUCUUUUUUCUUUUUUAUCUGUAUCCUGUUCUAUACCUUUUUCGUUGGUUGCUUGAUAGUGAUGGAUCCAUAGGAACUGGGACAUGGUGGUGGGUCAAUAUCUAUUUUUGGCCAUUUGUUUUCCUUAAUGCUUUAUUAUGAGCUAUACCUUGAUUUUGUUUAGCUGCAUUCUAAUAUGUAGAAAUUUUUUGGUGUAAUGUAGAGUGUGUUAUGACGGAGCUAAAGAAGAAGGAUUUUAUUGCUCUGUGAUUUGUAUUGGUAUAAGUUGUAAUUCGAAUUUAAUCUAUGCAUGUUUAUAUUCUUUGAUUC